AUGCCAUUUGGUCCCACUAACGCUCCAACAUUUCAAGCUGUUAUGAAUGAUCUAUUCAGGCCUUAUUUGCGGAUAUUUAUUCUAGUCUUCUUCGAUGAUAUCCUUAUUUAUAGCAAAGAUAUGAACCAACACUUACAACACCUCCGUAUAGCUCUUGAUCUACUCUACAACAACAUAUAUCAUGCCAAAGCUUCCAAGUGCCACUUUGGCCAACCACAGAUAAAUUUUCUUGGACAUAUGGUAAAUUCUAAAGGAGUACAAGUUGAUCAAGCCAAAAUCCAAGCAGUUCAAUCCUGGCCUGUUCUUACCAACUUAAAGAAGUUACGUGGAUUUCUAUGCCUGACAGGAUACUAUCGCAAAUUCGUCAAGAACUAUGGACUGAUAGCACGUCCUCAUACUCAUCUCACUAAGAAAGAUGGCUUCCAAUGA